AGGAUGGCGCCCAGAAGAAGAUCCCGUCGGCGUCGUCGAUGCCUUGGGUUCGGAACCUCCGCAGGUUCAUCGGAUCCGGCAAUGGCCUUGGAUCCGAAACCCUAAUGGAGCUUGAAACAAAAAGGAUUUUGCUUGAUAUUUUCAAAGAGCGACAACAAAAGAAUGCUGAAGGGGGCUCAAUCCCAACCUUCUACAAAAAGGCAUGCAGCAGAGUUGAUUUCUUGGAAGCCUGAAGAGGGGUCAAUCAGUCACAGGGUGCAAAGGUUGGCAAAGUACAGGUUCCUCAAGAAGCAAUCAGAACUUCUAUUGAAUGCUGAUGAUCUAGAUUCCAUGUGGGUUUGCUUGAGGGAGAAUUGUGUCAUUGAUGACGCAACUGGUGCUGAGAAGAUGAACUACGAAGAUUUUUGUCACAUUGCAUCUGUCUGCACAGAGCAAAUUGGUCCAAAAUGUCGACGUUUUUUCAGUCCUUCAAAUUUUAUGAAGUUUGAGAAAGAUGAAUCAGGAAGAAUAGCUAUUUUACCGUUCUAUCUCUAUGUGAUGAGAACGGUAUCACUUACACAAGCUAGAAUCGAUAUGAGUGAACUUGAUGAGGAUUCUGAUGGCUUCCUUCAGCCUCAUGAAAUGGAAGCCUAUAUUAGAGGCCUCAUUCCGAAUCUUGCGCAACUCCGUGAUAUGCCUGCAGCCUUUAUUAAUAUGUACUGUCGGAUAGCUGCACAUAAGUUCUUUUUCUUCUGUGAUCCUCACAGGAGAGGGAAAGCAUGCAUAAAAAAGGUUCUGCUGAGCAACUGCCUCCAGGAGCUUAUGGAACUGCAUCAGGAAAGUGAGGAAGAAGUUACAGAUACAGAGCAGGCGGAAAAUUGGUUUUCUUUGACUUCUGCCCAGCGAAUAUGCGAUAUGUUUCUUGCAUUGGAUAAGGAUAUGAAUGGGACCUUAAGCAAGCAAGAGCUGAAGGAAUAUGCAGAUGGGACGCUGACAGAAAUAUUCAUCGAGAGGGCAUUUGAUGAGCACGUACGGCGUAGUAAAACUGGAGGAGGAAAUAGUCGGGAGAUGGAUUUUGAAAGCUUUCUCGACUUUGUGUUGGCUCUGGAGAACAAAGACACCCCUGAAGGAUUGACCUACUUAUUUCGAUGUCUUGAUCUUCAUGGAAGGGGUUUCCUUACAACAGCUGAUAUUCAUACCCUUUUCAGGGAUGUACACCAGAAAUGGAUUGAGGGAGGAAAUUAUGAGCUGUGCAUUGAAGACGUGAGGGAUGAAAUCUGGGAUAUGGUCAAACCAGUUGACCCUCUCAAGAUAACCCUAGCUGACCUUCUAGCCUGCAAGCAGGGCGGCACUGUUGCCAGUAUGCUAAUCGACGUGCGUGGAUUCUGGGCCCACGACAAUAGAGAAAAUCUAUUACAGGAGGAGGAGGAACCUGAAGAAGAGUGAUUGCCUUGUGAUUUUACUUACUGUUGUGUUAUAACAUUAGAAAACGUAACGCAGACGGAGACGUGUUAAAAAAUUUGUUUAUAUUCGCGGUUUGUGUUUGUUUCUCCUUUGUUGUAUGUUAUUCUUCCGCUUUGCCUAAUCUGCGAAAAGUGGCUAAUACUCUACUGCCAUUGUAAUCAAAAUUAUGUGUACCGUUUAAAUUCUCUGUUGAUGCUGAGUAAUAUCUUGUUGUUAUCUUUUUGCGGAA